UUCCUUCAACUCCAAAUUACAGAUUCAUCUUCUGCAAUGGAAAAAUUACUUGAAAUUUCAGAGCCUGAAGUACGUAUAAACUUCAUUCUCAACACCAAAUGCCGUUGUAAUCUUGUUUUAAGAUCCCUUUCCCCUUCCUUCCCCGUUGCUUUCAAGGUUCAAACCUCUUCGCCUCAUAAAUUCCUGGUUAACCCACCCAGUGGAGUGAUUCCCCCUUCAUCACAUCUCACCCUCCGAAUCAUCCUUAAACCCCAAGACCAGAUCCCACCCACCUUCCCUCGCUCUCAUUCCGAUCGUUUCCUCAUCAGAACCGCCCCUUUCCACCUCGACUCAACUCAACCCCACUCCAUCAACUCUUGGCUUUCCACUCGACCCACUCAGGAUAUCAAGCUCAAGGUCGCCUUCGUCGGCCCCUUUCUUCUCCAACAUGCUGUUAGCUCUGGGGAUUUCGAGGCCGUGAAGAACAUUAUCAAGCGCCACAAGUCGGUUUUGAAUGAUUUGUCAACGAAAGAAGCUGAGUCCCUCCUCCGAGUCGCGACUCAGUUGGAUGAUAAUUCCGAGGACAUGGUGAAUUUGCUGCUGGAAGCCGGCUUAAGGGUAGGGGGACAAGAACAAGCAAAUGGAAACAAUGUGGGUCUUUAUCAGGCGGAUCCACGGUGGGAAUCAAAGGGAUGGAACGAGGUACACGUGGCAGUCACAUUCGAUCGGACGGCAGACCUUGAGGUAUUGUUAAGGAAGGUGAAACGUGAGACGUUGGACAGGAGAGACAAAGAAGGCCGAACACCGUUGCUUUUGGCGGCGACCAAGGGAAAUAUCGAGUGCGCUAAGAUGUUGCUAGAAUCGGGUGCGGAUAAGAAUGCAAAGAGCAAUGAUGGAAGGACUGCACUCUAUAGAGCCGUAGCUAAUGGGAACCGUAGGAUGGUGGAAAUGUUGAUCGAGAUGGAUGCCGACCCCACAAUUUCGGAUGAUCGCGGCCGUUCAGCUCUUGACAUUGCUCGUGAUAAGGAACACGAAGAGAUGGUGGAGAUUAUGGAACGCGGAAAGGAAGUAUUUAUGGCGGCAAGAUGCGGAGACGAGAGACGGCUGCAAGCCCUUUUGAAAAGGGGCGGUUCCAUGAAUUUCCAAGACCAAUAUGGUCUGACACCGCUGCAUGUGGCGGCCAUAAAAGCCCACAGGGAUGUGGUUUUGGUGCUUUUAGAAAUGGGAUUCGAUUUGGAAAGGCCGGACAAUGAGGGCCACACCGCCUUGCAUUUGGCCGUGGAAGGUGGCGAUUUGGAGGUUGUUGAAGCAUUGAUUUGCAGAGGAGCCGAUGCGAAUGCCAUGACCAAAACAGGGGUCACUCCUCUGUACAUGGCUAAAAUUAUGGGUUAUGAUCAUAUCUCACAACUCCUACACACUGGAAUUUGCUCCUCUUACACAAAAUACUUGAGAUUUCAAUAACAUAUAAAUUAUGAG